AUGGGUUUGGAGUCGGUGGGAGAUUUAGCGCUGCACAUAAUCCUGGCCAAACUUGGCCCUGAAGACAUUGCCAGGGUUGCUUGUGUGAGCAAGAAGUUUAGGUCUUCGGCUUCCGAAGACUCUCUAUGGUUCAGAGUUUGCUCUCAGGAUCUCUGUGUCACCAACCCUGUAGAUCCUCUUGGAAAUCCCGUCCCUUCAUUCAAGGUAACCUACCAAAUUUGGCGAGAAGCUUUCCUUAUGUAUCCUUGGUCCCUUGUGAAACGUGUGAAAAGGUGCUGGGACAGAAUAAAGACUUGGCUGGCCAAUAACUUUCCAGAAGCUGAGGCAACACUUUGUAAAGGUGCAUCAGAAGAUGAGAUUCAAGAGUUGGAGGAUGCUUUAAAAGUGAAAUUACCUCUUCCCACAAGAAUACUUUAUCGCUUUCAAAAUGGGCAAGAAUUUACCAGUGAACAUCUGGCUAAUAGUACUCUUGACAGUUCUUUGGGCCUAAUUGGUGGCUACUCUUUUUAUAAUCAUUCAGUAAAUGUGUAUCUUUUACCUUUAAAUCAGGUGAUGCUAGAAACUGAGCAAAUCGUACGCCACUUGGGUUUUUCUAGAAGAUAUAAGUAUAUUGUCAUGGCUGCUUCUUCCACAAACAGUGAAAAGCUUUUUUUCCUCAACUGUACCGAUGGUCAACUAUAUGUUGGAACCAGGAAUCUUGCCACCGAUGGAAAAAUGAUUCCUUGUGUACCACAUGAUCUGAUUAGCUUAGGACAUGGGUUGAAUGGUGAUCAACAACAGGAUGCCAUGCUACUUUGGUUAGAAGAGCACGGUCGCCGAUUACAAAAUGGCACUAUUAAACUUCGUGAAGAAGGAAAUGUUAGAAGCAUUAGUCUUUUCCCAGAAGAACCCCCUCUUUGUUCAACAGCUGUAACUAAUGGUGUGGAGGUUCGAGCAUCAGCAGUGUUUAUACCUGAGUUGGCUGAUCAUCUAGAUGACCGUGAGAAGUACCUGUUUUCCUAUUCAAUCCACAUGUCCCUUCAACCUCAGGGAUGCGUCAUCAACAGAAAGUUGUUCAACUCUUGCCAGCUCCACCGGAGGCACUGGCUGAUCCGUGCUGAUGAUGUCGUAGUAUCUGAUGUUAAUGGAGAAGCUGUUAUAGGAGAGUUCCCGCUUUUGUAUCCUGGUGAUAAGGAAUUUGUGUACCAGAGUUGCACACCUCUACCAACACCAUCAGGUUCCAUUGAAGGUUCUUUUACUUUUGUCCCUGGCAGCUUGGCUAACCCUGAAGGAAGUCCCUUCGAAGUGACUGUGGCCCGAUUCCCUCUGCAGCUGCCAGAUUAUGUUUUCUGAUUUUGACUCUGGAUUGCUUUAAAUUUCCAUAAAUGGCAUAUCUCCAUAUUUAGAAUAUUUUUAUCUGUGUAUUUCGUCGUGUUCAUUCGAGUUGGUUGGUUGUGAUGAGUUUUGACGUGGGUGAACGUUGAUCAUAUCUCUAUGUCAAUCAACCUGUUUAUCUGCUGAGUAAAGGUGUCCUCGCUUGCCUUGCCUUCGGCAUUAA